CCUCCCCCCCGCCUCACGCCAUCCUUUCCGCCAGAGGUUACAAACCAGCCGGGAUUACCCUCGCAAAUAUGGGCUUCUGUGCGCACUGCACCGGCCCGUUAGCAGAGUGAGGUUUUUAUUACAGUUUAUCAGCUGGAAAACGAAGAAGGUGUUCGAGGUGUUCUUGUCCUGGUUCUGGAGGUGGUCGGACGGGACAGCGGAGCAUCGACCCAGGCUUCCCCCCCCCCCACCCCCACCAUCCCGGCGAUGCUGCCCUGCCUGCGGAGAGUCCUGCGGCCCGCCCUCUCUCUGAGAGCCGGGACCGGGUUGGCCGCAGCCGGACUCGGCGAGCCCCGCACGCCCGGCUCGGCGUCUCCUCCGCGGUUCAUGCUGGAGCAGCAGCGGUGUGCGCUGGGCACGCAUCCGCUGAACGAGACCGUGGAGCCCCUCAACUCGCCCCGGGGUGCCAAGGAGUUUAUCUACGCCCUCCAUCCGUCCGAGCGCACCUGUCUGCUGCGAGAACUGCACAAGUUCGAGUCCAUUGCCAUCGCUCAAGGGCAGGUGGAGGUGGCCCCACCUACUUCAGCAGAGUUAAAAUAUGUUCUGCUGCACAAUGCCAUCCCAUUCGUGGGGUUUGGAUUCCUGGACAACUGCAUCAUGAUUGUUGCUGGAACACACAUCGAGUUAUCCAUCGGCGUAGUCCUCGGCAUAUCGACCAUGGCCGCUGCUGCCCUCGGAAACCUGGUGUCGGAUCUGGCUGGACUUGGGCUGGCCGGUUAUGUGGAAGCUUUAGCGUAUCGGCUGGGAAUGCAGAUCCCCGACUUAAGCCCCAAGCAGGCUGACAUGUGGCAGACCAGAGUCAGCGCUCACGCAGGCAAAGCCAUCGGCGUCGCCAUCGGCUGUAUCCUCGGAAUGUUUCCUCUUUUCUUCUUAAACGAUGAUGAUGAGAAGAAAAAAGCCCAGAAAGAGGCAAAGGAGAAAGCACAAGCAACACUUGAUCCAACGGAAAGCGGCAAAAACUGAACUCUAUUUGAAGUCCAUCAGAAUACUUUGAACUGGGGCUGAUUGUGCUUGUCUGGACUGGAGAGUCUGGGAAUGUAAUUGAACCCGUUACAGUCUAAUCAUCGUCGGAUGGCCCAGUCGAACUUUAAAGGUAUUCGGAGGAAGGUUUUAGAUAUUAUUUGACUUAAGCACAGACACCUGAACAUCUCUGGAAGAGACAGUAAAUGAAUGCUGCCACUCCAGCUCUUUCACAUUGUGAUACAAGCAUCCAAUUUGGUAGAAAAUCUCAAGACCUAUAUUUUUUUAAAUGUCCGGUAUCCGCAAUGGAUGAACAAUAUGGCUGCCAUUUUCCCAGAUGGCCACCAGCAAAGGCUGUUGCAUACCUGAACUGUGAUUGGCUUAUCCAGUUUGAUUAUCUCUGUAUCAAAAUAUGGUUUUCUCAGUAGGAGAAAUCCAAUUUUGCACUUAGAAAGUCCAAAUUGUCCAACAAAAUUGAGAUAUAAUGCAAUUAAUUACAAAAAUAGUGAUAAUGAGUCAAUCAUCAUCAUUGCAGGCACUUGAGGCCAAAGCGAUUUGCAUCUUUCACGGCCUUCAGUCUCAGUCCACAUUUUGCCAGUUGAGGACGUGUCUUCCACACCACAUGCCCAAUUUCACCUUCUUGGCCUCCCCAGUUGGCAGGGCUCUCUCUAUGCAUUUCACACACAGUUGCUUGGCCCCAGACAGCUUGGUAAGUGGCACGCUUCACGUGUUGCACAAGGCAUGACCUUAUGUGUGGAAUGGCUUCAUAGGACUCCUGCUUCUGAGAAAAUAGGUGGUUUUGCCUCAUCAGCCCCAUUAGCAAUGCUGGUCUUGUUCUUCAGCGUUAUCUGUAACUGGUGGGAAUCGGCUGAGCUUCUGGAAGACACGAGACACUCCAGGCAACACUUCCCAGGUUUGCUAUGCAGUCUUUUUGCCUUUAAUACAAUAUUUAAUACAACAUCACAGCAACAACGUGAGGGCCAAUAUGCACCAUGUCAUGAACUGGUAACCACCUUAUGGACUUGACCAAAUUCAAUCCACAGAUCAUCUUGCAGAGUCUCAAAAUCACUGACUGCAAGAACAAGUAAGUCGGCAUCACCCUCCUUGAUCACUACAGGAAGGUUCUGCUGACAGCCUCUUCGUGGUUGCAAGGUCCUAAGCCUUCCAGACCGGUUUGUUCCAAAGCGUGUUCCCAUUUGGUCACAAUUGCAACACUUUCCAGACAGAAACUUAAAAAGCUCAGUCUUGUUGUCAUUAUCUCACAGAAACGUCUGCUGUUAGGUGGUACUUUAGUUCCGUCCGUCACUCUACGUCUGCCUCGUUUUGAUCUUGUUUUUCCAGUAGACGUCAAACACAAUUUCUCUCCUGCUGUUCAUAUCCGAAUAAGCUUGUAUCUCUGGAACAACAUUGUGGACAGCAUAUUCUUCAAAUGUUUUUGAUAUCUCAGGGGACAACCAGCGUUUGCUUGGUAGGACACUAGAUGUGCCAUGAUAUGGAGGGCUGAUAUUGUUCUGCAAAUUCGGACAAAAUUGCGUCAAAAUACUUUGAUACUAAACGUUUCCCAGAUCAGGACCUGGUUACCGGGGGUUUCUGAAUGAGUCGUCUUUAGGCAUUAUUCAUGCCAAUGUGGUGCUUGUAUCACCAAGUGAACGGUUCUCAUGGAAUAUUGACUUCUGCUGGAUUAUGUCUGAUCAACACGAGCCAAAACUUAUCCUUAAUUUAUCCGUAACACAGGGGCCUCUUUCUCCCCUCUGCACCGAGUUUGUUGAAUAUAUAUAAUUGUCUUGAGUCCAGAUGGUUAAACAGCAGCAGAUGAGGGUAAUAAACAACAAUCUGUGGUAGCAAAGCAAGAGGAAAAAAACCCCUUCAGAAAUCAUUCAUAACAACAUAUUGAACGUGGCAUUUGGACGUUGAAGGUUUUCUCAUUGAUCUCAGAAAUCCUGGUAAUUAAUGGAAGACUACUGAAGGGGAAAUCCAAUAACUCGAUUCAGCAAUCUAACACAAAUUCCUAGUCCGUUUCUGGGUGUGUUGAGGCGGGAAAGGGAUGGUUCCUUUUGCAAACUAAGACGCAGUCGACAACAAGCACAUUUUCCUUCAGCACAAAGCAUGUCCGCCUUUCAAUGAUUUCAAAGUCCCCACAUGCCAUUCUCAUUCACACUCCAUGACAACCAUUCAGCCACUGAGAAUGCAGAUAAAUAACAUGGCUAGUGGCUUAUUUACAUUACUUUGAACUGAUGCUGAAUGUGACAGUCGAAGAGCGCGUUACCGAGUAGUUUGUUACUUUCAUUUCUGGAGAGUUGAGCGGCAAGGAGAGACUUCCAAAGAGAGGAAGCAACAGGAAGUACCUGCGGCACAAAGAUGAGCAAUAGGAACCACCGGAGACCUCUGCCCCAGUGGCACUGAUGCUCUGGUACCAUGGUACUAUUUAUCUUCUCGCCAAGCUGCAGGUGAACGACAACCCAAGCAGGCCUCAAGUCCAGUUUCUGUUCUGCAGCCCAAUGGGUAGUUUUAAUUUGACUUGACAGUUGAUUAGAUGAUGCAUUUUAUUACAUAAUGCUUGCUUUCAAAAACAAAUACUAUAUUGCAUAUAUAUUGUCUCUGCUCUGCUGCCCUCUGCUGGUUGAAAUUCAGUGGAAGUGUUCAUCAGUCUUUUGCUUUUCCUCUUUGGUAUUCAAGCCCCUUGUUAUUGCUCUACGAUAAGUGUUCUUAAUCAUUGUUUGUGAGCUUCUUUUUUUGGCAAACAAAUAAUCUGCAAUCACCCAAGUCGAUCCAUUCUUUCCAUCGAAGUAGUAUUUAAUUAAUUGAGGGUGGUUGUUUAUAGCGUUGAUUCUGAUUUGAAGUUGAAAUGAAAGGAAGCAGCCACGUGUUUCUGAAUGAAAUUUUCUUGCAGAAAAAGUAUUUAUUUUUGUUAUUAUAUACAGACUUGUCUUCACUGUAUAUUCUCUUGAUCCCAAAGAAGAAUGAAGAAUAGAAAAUAUUUGGGAAAACUUGGAAAACGACUUUGACUGAACCUGUGCUAGAAAUGCUCUUACCCCUAUAAGAUCGAACAAUUGAACCGCUUCAACAUGUUAAUGUAGUUAGGAUUUUUGAUCGGAUUGCGUGAUUUCCACCUUGCAUGCAAUGCUAAUGAAAUAAACCUUAUUGUACAUGUUUACUGUUUAGGAAUCAUGAAAAAAACAAUGAUUGGAUGCAAAGCACUACAAAUGGUAACAAAACGGGUAACUUGAUUAACUUUCAUUUAAAAAUGUAUUUACCCCUGUGAUAAAAAAGGAAAGUAUUUUAUGGUUAUAUAAAUAGUUACAAAGCCAUUGUUGAAAAGAGGGCAAUUAAAACAUUUUGUUUUUGUGUA